AUGAGCGAAGCUGAAGCCUCCAAGCCUGUCGAGGCUGUCCAGCCUGAGGUUGACGUUCCCACCACCCAGCCCACAGAAGAGAAGGUUGAAGAGAAAACAGAGCAGAAGGCAGAGGAGUCCACAGAAAAGCCCGAGGAGAAAUCUGAAGAGAAGAAGGAGAUUUUGAAGACAACAGCCAAGCAUGAUGAUGCAAACCCUCGCAACAACCGCAAAUUCGACCCUUCAACCCGUGAGGUCACUGAUGACCCUGAGGCCAUCCGCAAGCAGGUCGAGUUUUACUUUGGCGACUGGAACUUCCCUCAAGACAAGUUCAUGUGGGAGUCAUGCGGCGGAAGCGAAAACAAGCCCAUGAAGGUCAAGACUAUCCACUCCUUCAAGCGUAUGCGAACAUUCCAGCCCUACAGCGCCGUCAUCGCUGCUCUCAAGGACAGCAAGUUUCUUGAGCUUUCCGGUGAGGAGGGCGAGGAGGUCGUCAAACGCAAGACCCCCUACCAGCCCAUGAACGCCUCCAAGGCCAAGGUCGAAGCCGCUACCGUAUACGUCAAGGGCUUUGGCGAUGAGGCUCCCAACACCCAAUUCGACCUUGAGAGCUUCUUCGCUCAGUUUGGCGAGGUCAAGGGUCUUAAGCUCCGACGCACUAACGAGGGUCUCUUCAAGGGUUCCGUGUUCGUCACCUUUGCCGACGAGGAUGAGGCGAGCAAGUUCCUCAAGAUUGACCCUAAGCCUAAGUGGAAGGACCACGAUCUCAAAAUCAUGAGCAAACGAGCUUAUUGCGACGAGAAGAACGACCUUAUCCGACAAGGGAAGAUCGAGCCUAAUCAGAGCAAUCCCCGCAAGUUUUAUGAGGGUCGAGAGACAGGCAAGGGUGGACGUGGACGGGGUGGAAAGGAUUCUCGUGGCCGUGGCCAGGACGACUGGAAGCAGCGACGUGAGAACGACCAGAAGAACGGGUUCAAGGAUCGCCGAGGUGGGCGCGGCGGCCGAGGAGGCCGUGGUCGAGGCCGUGGCCGUGGUGGACGCGAUGGUGGACGUGACCGUGAUCAGUCCAAGGAUGAGGUCAAGCACAGCAGCAACGAUACCACCCCUCGCAUCCAGUCUACUGUCGACGAGUCUGCCGAUAACAAGAAGCGAAGCCGCGAUGAGGAUGCUCCCUCCGGUGAGCCUGCCGCCAAGAAGAUCGAUGUCAAGACCGAAUAG